AUGAGCUACACGUUGGACUCGCUGGGCAACCCGUCCGCUUACCGGCGGCUCACGGAGAGCCGCUCGAGCUACGGCCGCGUGAGCGGCUCCCCGUCCAGCGGCUUCCGCUCGCAGUCGUGGUCGCGGGGCUCCCCGAGCAGCGCGUCCUCGUCCUACAAGCGCAGCGGCGGCGGCGCGCUCGGCUCGCGCCUGCACUACGGCUCGGCGGCGGCCGUGAUGCUGAGCUCGGCCGAGAGCAGCCUCGACUUCAGCCAGGCUUCCUCGCUGCUCAACGGCGGCGGCGGCACGGUGGGCGACUACAAGCUGUCGCGUUCCAACGAGAAGGAGCAGCUGCAGGGCCUGAACGACCGCUUCGCCGGCUACAUCGAGAAGGUGCACUACCUGGAGCAGCAGAACAAGGAGAUCGAGGCGGAGAUCCAGGCGCUGCGCCAGAAGCAGGCGUCGCACGCGCAGCUGGGCGACGCGUACGAGCAGGAGCUGCGCGAGCUGCGCGCCGCGCUCGAGGCCGUGAACCACGAGAAGGCGCAGGUGCAGCUGGACUCGGACCACCUGGAGGAGGACAUCCACCGCCUCAAGGAGCGCUUCGACGAUGAGGCCCGGCUGCGCGACGACACCGAGGCGGCCAUCCGCGCGCUGCGCAAGGACAUCGAGGAGUCGUCGCUGGUCAAGGUGGAGCUGGAUAAGAAGGUGCAGUCGCUGCAGGACGAGGUGGCCUUCCUGAGGAGCAACCACGAGGAGGAGGUGGCCGACCUGCUGGCGCAGAUCCAGGCGUCGCACAUCACCGUGGAGCGCAAGGACUACCUGAAGACGGACAUCUCCACGGCGCUCAAGGAGAUCCGCUCCCAGCUCGAAUGCCACUCCGACCACAACAUGCACCAGGCCGAGGAGUGGUUCAAAUGCCGAUACGCCAAGCUCACCGAGGCCGCCGAGCAGAACAAGGAGGCCAUCCGCUCCGCCAAGGAAGAGAUCGCCGAGUACCGGCGACAGCUGCAGUCCAAGAGCAUCGAGCUGGAGUCCGUGCGCGGCACCAAGGAGUCCCUGGAGCGGCAGCUCAGCGACAUCGAGGAGCGACACAACCACGACCUCAACAGCUACCAGGACACCAUCCAGCAGUUGGAGAAUGAGCUUCGGGGAACCAAGUGGGAAAUGGCUCGUCAUUUGCGGGAGUACCAGGACCUCCUCAACGUCAAGAUGGCCCUGGACAUUGAGAUCGCAGCCUACAGAAAGCUCCUGGAGGGUGAAGAGACCAGAUUUAGCACAUUUUCUGGAAGCAUCACUGGGCCACUGUAUACACACCGACAGCCCUCAAUCACAAUAUCCAGUAAGAUUCAGAAAACCAAAGUCGAGGCCCCCAAACUCAAGGUCCAGCACAAAUUUGUGGAGGAGAUCAUAGAGGAAACCAAAGUGGAGGAUGAGAAGUCAGAAAUGGAAGAUGCCCUGACGGCCAUUGCAGAGGAGCUGGCGGCAUCUGCCAGAGAAGAGAAGGAAGAAGAAAAGGAGGAGGAGGAGGUAGCUGCCAGAAAGUCUCCCCUGAAAUCCCCUGAGGUGAAAGGAGAGGAAGAAGAGGGGAAGGAGGAAGAAGAGGGCCAGGAGGAGGAGGAAGAGGAAGACGAAGGUGCUAAGUCAGACCAAGCAGAAGAGGGAGGGUCUGAGAAGGAAGGCUCUAGUGAGAAAGAUGAAGGUGAGCAGGAAGAAGAAGGAGAAACUGAGGCAGAAGGUGAGGGAGAGGAAGGUGAAGUUAAGGAGGAAAAGAAGGCUGAAGUAAAGGGAGAAGAGGUGGCUGUCAAGGAGGAGGUGGUGGCAGAAGCCAAGGUGGGGAAGCCUGAGAAAGCCAAGUCCCCUGUGCCAAAAUCACCUGUGGAAGAGGUAAAGCCCAAACCAGAAGCCAGAGCAGGGAAAGGUGAGAAGGAAGAAGAGAAAGUCGAAGAGAAGAAAGAAGUAACCAAGGAAACCCUCAAAGAAGAGAAGGCAGAGAAGAAGGAGGAAAAGCCAAAAGACAUGCCAGACAAGAAGAAAGCUGAGUCCCCUGUGAAGUCGCCAGUGAAAUCCCCUGUGAAGUCGCCAGUGAAAUCCCCUGUGAAGUCCCCUGUGAAGUCGCCAGUGAAAUCCCCUGUGAAGUCCCCAGUGAAAUCCCCUGUGAAGUCGCCAGUGAAAUCCCCUGUGAAGUCCCCUGUGAAGUCGCCAGUGAAGGAAAAGGCUGUGGAAGAGGUGGUGACCAUCACCAAGUCAGUAAAGGUGAGCGUGGAGAAAGAUACCAAAGAUGAGGAGAAGCCUCCGCAGCAGAAGGAGAAGGUAGAGGAGGAGAAGGGAGGUGAGGAGGAAGGAACCCAGGAGUCCAGGAAGGAAGACAUAGCCAUCAAUGGGGAGGUGGAAGGGAAAGAGGAAGAGGAGCAGGAGACAAAGGAAAAGGGCAGUGGGAGAGAAGAGGAGAAAGGCGUGGUCACUAAUGGGUUAGAUGUCAGCCCGGCUGAUGAAAAGAAGGGGGAUGACAGAGGUGAGGAGAAAGUGAUGGUGACCAAAAAAAUAGAAAAAAUCACCAGCGAGGGGGAUGAUGGUGCUACCAAGUACAUCACUAAAUCUGUAACCGUCACUCAAAAGGUCGAAGAGCAUGAAGAGACCUUUGAGGAGAAGUUAGUGUCCACUAAAAAGGUAGAAAAAGUCACUUCACACGCCAUAGUAAAGGAAGUCACUCAGAGUGACUAAACGAUUUGAGUCCCUUGCAAAAGGUUAAGCCAUAUGACAGUUGCAAAAUGCAUGUGAUUGACAGCUUCAAAGCAGAAUGGGUUCUCCCGUGGGGGCUCCAGACAUUGUGUUUUCCUUUGUGCAAUAUGAGGGAACUGCAUGCAAGCUCAGGGUGCUCCCUCCUCAGUCUUUGGGGGAUUCAAAUGCAUGAUCAAGUUUGUACCUGGGAAAUUUGCCAAUUUCCUAAGCUGUCUGAAGGGGGGCG